AUGCAGGGCAAAUUUCUCGCAAGUGUAGCGCCAAAUGAGUUUCUGAGUAUUGGUCAGAUGCUUGGUAUGAAUGCCCAACCUGCGAAUGAGAGCUUGUUGAUGAUCAAGCGGGAGAAAAUUGGGAGCGGAAUUCCUGGUUUUGAGAAGAAGAAAGACAAAAGAGUUGAUAUAAAUACCUGA